CAGACGCGCGUCAGCUCUGUCACAUGCGGCGGAGCACAUUCAGACAGGACGGGAGGAGUUCUCAAAAGCAGUGUUGUCAGUGUUUUGGGAGCGUGCAGUAACGGAACAGUUGAACCGUUUGGCGUUGCAGUGCUUCUAUUGAUCGCUCUGGACUGAAGCAGCAAACCACUGGAAUACAUUAUCAGCGAUUCAGCCUCACAAAAUGAGCGGCGGUAAGAGGAUGGAGGAUGAGGCCGUGCUGGACAGAGGGGCCUCGUUACUCAAAAACGUAUGUGAUCAGGAAGAAGUUGAAGGUCACCACACUAUAUACAUCGGUGUGCAUGUGCCUAAGAGCUACCGGCGACGGAGACGUCAUCGCCGACGCACAAGUCACAAGGACAGAAAGGAGAAAGUGACUGAGAACGCUUCGGACAGGUUGGAUGCAGAGAACAAUGAGGAGGCCAGCAACAGCAUCCUCAAACCACUCAUCUCACCUGCUGCUGAGCGCAUUCGAUUCAUUCUGGGAGAGGACGAUGACAGUCCAGCACCCCCUCAGCUCUUCACAGAGCUGGACGAGCUACUGUCUGUUGAUGGCCAGGAGAUGGAGUGGAAGGAAACUGCCAGGUGGAUCAAGUUUGAAGAGAAGGUGGAAAAAGGUGGGGAGCGGUGGAGUAAACCACAUGUGGCCACUCUGUCCCUACAUAGUCUCUUUGAGCUUAGGACGUGUAUAGAGAAGGGCACCAUCAUGCUGGACCUAGAGGCCAACACACUGCCAGGGGUCGUUGAAAUGAUCACUGACAGUCAGAUUGAGAACGGUCUCUUGAAAGCUGACCUGAAAGAUAAGGUAAUGUACACCUUGCUGAGGAAGCAUCGCCACCAGACCAAGAAAUCCAAUCUUCGCUCCUUAGCUGACAUUGGCAAGACGGUCUCCAGCGCAAGUAGGCUGUUUUCCACCCCGGAUAAUGGUAGUCCAACCACCACACAUCGCAACUUGACAUCAAGCAGCCUGAACGAUAUCUCAGACAAGCCAGAGAAAGAUCAACUGAAGAACAAGUUCAUGAAGAAGCUGCCCAGAGAUGCUGAAGCUUCCAAUGUUCUCGUUGGAGAAGUGGACUUCCUGGACAGUCCUUUUGUGGCCUUUGUGAGGCUGCAGCAAGCUGUCAUGUUGGGGGCGCUGACUGAAGUGCCUGUGCCCACCAGAUUUCUGUUCAUUCUUCUUGGACCCAAAGGCAAAGCCAAGUCAUACCAUGAAAUUGGUAGAGCAAUUGCUACUCUGAUGUCCGAUGAGGUCUUCCAUGAAAUUGCGUACAAAGCCAAGGACAGACAAGAUCUCCUCGCUGGCAUUGACGAGUUCUUGGAUGAGGUCAUUGUCCUCCCUCCUGGAGAAUGGGACCCUGCCAUCAGGAUAGAGCCACCAAAAUCCCUGCCAUCCUCAGAUAAAAGAAAGAACAUGUAUGCUGGAGGGGACAGCACACAGAUGAAUGGAGACACGCCUCACAGCGGUGGACACGGGGGCGGGGGGCACGCAGUAGGCGAUGAGCUGAAGAAGACGGGGAAGUUUUGUGGAGGCCUUAUUCUUGAUAUCAAAAGAAAAGCUCCCUUUUUCUUCAGUGAUUUCUACGAUGGACUACACAUCCAGUCUUUGUCUGCCAUUCUUUUCAUCUACCUGGGAACAGUAACCAAUGCCAUCACGUUCGGAGGAUUGCUGGGUGACGCCACAGAGAACAUGCAGGGUGUGCUGGAGAGCUUUCUGGGCACAGCGGUGUCUGGAGCAGUGUUCUGUCUCCUGGCUGGGCAACCUCUGACAAUCAUCAGCAGUACGGGGCCAGUGCUGGUGUUUGAAAGGCUGCUCUUCAACUUCAGCAGGGAGCAUGACUUUGACUACCUAGAGUUCCGUCUUUGGAUCGGCCUGUGGUCGGCCUUCUUCUGUCUAGCCCUAGUGGCCACUGACGCCAGUUUCCUGGUGCAGUAUUUCACCCGAUUUACAGAAGAGGGCUUCUCCUCGCUCAUCAGCUUCAUCUUCAUCUAUGACUCCUUCAAGAAGAUGCUGAAGUUGGCUCAUUAUUACCCCAUCAACUCAGACUAUAAAAUCAAUUACGUCACGCAGUAUGACUGCAUGUGUAUGGCGCCCACUGAUGCCAAUUCUUCAGAUGUGUACACUGAUCCACUUGAUUCAACAUUUAUCUGGACUGUAAAUUACAGUGAUACACGCUUGAAUGCCAGCUGGUCCUCACUGUCAAAGAAGGAAUGCUUGAAAUACGGAGGGGAGCUAGUGGGCACAGCCUGUAACUUUGUGCCCGACAUCACCCUCAUGUCCUUCAUCCUUUUCUUUGGCACCUACACCUGCUCUAUGUGUCUGAAGAAAUUCAAAACCAGCCCGUUCUUUCCUACUACUGUGAGAAAACUCAUAAGUGACUUUGCCAUUGUCCUGGCAAUUUUGAUCUUCUGUGGCGUUGAUGCUCUUGUUGGGGUCGAUACGCCAAAGCUCAUAGUGCCAAGUGAAUUCAAGCCAACAAGCCCAAACCGUGGCUGGUUUGUGCCACCUUUCGGAGGGAACCCCUGGUGGGUGUACCUGGCAGCAGCUCUGCCUGCCCUGCUGGUGACCAUCCUGCUCUUCAUGGAUCAGCAGAUCACCGCUGUCAUUGUCAAUCGCAAGGAGCACAAGCUGAAGAAAGGUGCAGGCUAUCAUCUGGAUCUCUUCUGGGUAGCUGUGCUGUUAGCAGUAUGCUCUUUUUUGGGUCUGCCCUGGUAUGUAGCUGCUACAGUUAUUUCCAUCGCCCACAUUGACAGCUUGAAAAUGGAGACAGAGACAUCCGCUCCUGGCGAACAGCCUAAAUUUUUGGGUGUCAGGGAACAGAGAGUCACUGGUGUCUUUGUCUUCAUCCUUACUGGUCUGUCUGUCUUCAUGUCUCCUAUCCUCAAGUUUAUACCCAUGCCAGUGCUGUAUGGAGUCUUCCUCUACAUGGGAGUGGCUUCACUCAACGGAGUUCAGUUUAUGGACCGACUCAAGCUGCUCCUCAUGCCUGCCAAACACCAACCAGACCUGAUCUACCUGCGGCAUGUGCCACUGAGGAAGGUCCAUCUCUUCACUUUCGUCCAGCUGCUUUGCCUGGCGCUCCUCUGGAUCCUCAAGUCCACUGUGGCUGCCAUCGUUUUUCCUGUUAUGAUCUUGGCUCUGGUUGCUGUGAGGAAGGCGUUGGACUAUGUCUUCUCCCAGCACGACCUCAGUUUCCUGGAUGAUGUCAUACCCGAGAAGGAUAAGAAGAAGAAGGAAGAUGAGAAGAAAAAGAAAAAGAAGAAACAAGGGAGCAUAGACAGUGACAUGGAAGAUUCUGACUAUCCUUACAAUGAGAAUGUCCCCAGCAUUAAAAUCCCAAUGGACAUGAUGGAGCAGGAGCCUUUUUUAGGAGAUAAGGCCUCUGACAGAGAAAAGUCCCCUUCAUUCCUUGACCGAUAUGCGUCGUGCUGAAAAGCGCCACUACUUGCAGACCAGCCCGAUGUCAAGUUCAGAGAGACUGCCAUUAAAUGUGCCUCAGAUCAAAAUAGAUAUGGACCCAGAUGACAACAAUGGCUACUACUGGAGGAG